GCUUUGAAGAAGAGCUGGUUCCAGCAGUUUUUGUGGUGUGCGGUGAGUCCUUCUGUAGGGAGCUGAGAGCAUGGUCGAGCUGGGAACCCAUGAUUUGAAUGCAGUGACCUAUAAUGAUGUGUAUGUCGACAUCACUCAGGAAGAGUGGGCAGUGAUGGAUUCUUCACAGAAGAAUCUCUACAAAGAUGUGAUGCUGGAGACCUAUAUGAACCUCAUUGCUAUAGGCUACAAUUGGGAAGAUCUUAAAGUUGAAGAACAUUGUCAAAGUUGUCAAAAACAUGGAAGGCAUGAAACUACACAUAUAUUUAAAAAAACUUAUGGAUGUAAUCAAAGUGGCAAAGCCUUUACUCAUUGGAAAAUUCUACAAUUAGAUAGAAGAACACAUUCUGGAGAGAAACACUAUGAAUGUAAUCAAUGUGAUAAAGCCUUUACAAAGCCCAGUCAUCUUCAAGUACAUAAAAGAGAACAUACUAGAGACAAACCCUAUGAAUGUAAUCAGUGUGGUAAAGCCUUUGUUCAAAACAGAACUCUUCAAAUGCAUGAAAAGACACAUAGUGGAGAGAAACCCUAUGAAUGUAAUCAAUGUGGUAAAGCCUUUACAAAGCCCAUUCAUCUUCAAGUACAUAGAAGAUUACAUACUGGAGAGAAACCCUAUGAAUGUAAUCAGUGUGGUAAAGCCUUUGCUCAUCACAGUGCUCUUCGAUUACAUGAAAGAACACAUACUGGAGAGAAACCCUAUGAAUGUAAACAAUGUGGUAAAACCUUUGCACAGCCUGGUCAUCUUCAAGUACAUAAAAGAACACAUACUGGAGAGAAACCCUAUGAAUGUAAUCAGUGUGGUAAAGCCUUUACUCGACACAGUGCUCUUCGAUUACAUGAAAGAACACAUACUGGAGAGAAACCCUAUGAAUGUAAUCAGUGUGGUAAAGCCUUUACUCGACAUAGUGCUCUUCAAUUACAUGAAAGAACACAUACUGGAGAGAAACCCUAUGAAUGUAAUCAGUGUGGUAAAGUCUUUGCACAUCCUGGUCAUCUUCAAGUACAUAAAAGAACACAUACUGGAGAGAAACCCUAUGAAUGUAAUCAGUGUGGUAAAGCCUUUGCUCAAAAGAGUACUCUUCAAAUGCAUGAAAGGACACAUACUGGAGAGAAACCCUAUGAAUGUAAUUAUUGUGGUAAAGCCUUUGCUCAACACAGUGCUCUUCGAUUACAUGAAAGAACACAUACUGGAGAGAAACCCUAUGAAUGUAAUCAGUGUGGUAAAGCUUUUGCUCGACACAGUGCUCUUCGAUUACAUGAAAGAACACAUACUGGAGAAAAACCCUAUGAAUGUAAUCAGUGUGGUAAAGCCUUUGCUCAACACAUUGCUCUUCGAUUACAUGAAAGAACACAUACUGGAGAGAAACCCUAUGAAUGUAAUCAGUGUGGUAAAGCCUUUGCACAUCCCGGUCAUCUUCAAGUACAUAAAAGAACACAUACUGGAGAGAAACCCUAUGAAUGUAAUCAGUGUGGUAAAGCCUUUGCACAUUCCACUCAUCUUCAAGUACAUAAAAGAACACAUACUGGAGAGAAACCCAAUGAAUGUAAUCAUUGUGGUAAAGCCUUUGCUCGACACAGUGCUCUUCGAUUACAUGAAAGAACACAUACUGGAGAGAAACCCUAUGAAUGUAAACAAUGUGGUAAAGCCUUUGCACAGCCCAAUCACCUUCAAGUACAUAAAAGAACACAUACUGGAGAGAAACCCUAUGAAUGUAAUCAGUGUGGUAAAGCCUUUGCUCAAAACAGUACUCUUCAAAUUCAUGAAAGGACACAUAGUGGAGAGAAACCCUAUGAAUGUAAACAAUGUGGUAAAACCUUUGCACAGCCCAAUCACCUUCAAGUACAUAAAAGAACACAUACU